CCCUAUAAAGUCGCAGCGCUCCCCACUCAGCACCUGUCCAUAACCAUAAAGCUGAAAUUAGCCAUCCCUGCUGGCCGUCACCAUAUCCUCUCUCUCCUCCUUUUCCUCCCUCUACAUUCUCCUCUCCCCAAUCGCAUCUCCAUUCCACAUCCUCCUUCACCCCCACCUUCCUCUCCUUUUCCGCUUUUCGUGCCUUCCAUUUUGCCUGUCAAAAAUAGAAUGACGCCGUAAUCUCCUUCCCACUACUCUACAGUGCUUUGCUCCACGCAAAACGCAAGAAAUGGCGUGCCAUUCGUUGGGGGGAUUGGGUGACGAUUUUUUGGAGCAGAUCUUGGCCGUGCCCCCUUCUGCUUACGCCAACGGUGAGGGCUCCGCCAUGCCUCCAAUGGUGUUGCAGUUAGGCUCUGGCGGCGCUGGCUUGACAGAAUCCUUAGGCAUCGGGAUGGCCAUGCCUCUGGGCUUGAAUUUGGAGCAAGGGUUUCUCCGAGAAGAUGCUAGUAGCAGACUCCGCUGCGGUGAAGAUGUCAUCGAGGCCAACAAUGUCACCAACCACCAUCUCCAUCUUAAUAACUCCAACAAUACUGCCACCACUUCUUCCUCUCGCACUCCUGACAUCUCUGAUCGGGACUCAGUGCACAGGACGCCGGGCUUGUUUACGGCGUUUGGACCAUUGCAUCUUCGGCCGACGACGGUGCCGUCCCACCCUCAACCUCCCCAUCAUCAGCCAUUUCAUAGCCAACCACAAAAUCCGGGGCCUGUUGCUGCUGGGCCACAACCACCUGCCAUCCGCCCUAGAGUGCGAGCAAGAAGAGGGCAAGCCACAGAUCCCCAUAGUAUUGCUGAACGGUUGCGCCGUGAAAGAAUUGCUGAUAGAAUGAAAGCUUUGCAGGAAUUAGUUCCCAGCGCCAAUAAGACGGACAGAGCGGCGAUGCUUGAUGAAAUUGUGGAUUACGUGAAGUUUCUCAGACUCCAGGUCAAGGUCCUUAGCAUGAGUAGACUGGGUGGAGCUGGUGCCGUAGCUCAGCUUGUGGCUGAUGUUCCUUUGUCUGCAAUGGAUGCGAGUGAGGGCGUUGACAGCGGGGAGAAUCGACAAGCCUGGGAGAAGUGGUCAAAUGGUGGCACGGAACAAGAGGUUGCGAAACUGAUGGAAGAAGAUGUUGGAGCUGCCAUGCAAUUCCUUCAGUCCAAGGCACUUUGCAUCAUGCCAAUAUCUCUGGCUUCAGCCAUUUUUCGUACGUCCCAGUCAGAUGCUGCUACACUCACCAAGCCCGAACCGAACAGCCAUUCCUAGAUUCCAACAUGGCAGCACGUAUAUCAAUCGACCGAGUUUGUAAUUGUCUACCACAUUUCUGAUCCUGGGCCCAGCUGUUCCGCUUUAAAACUCCUUACUGGAUGGAAGAGGAUGCAGUGGGUGGAGGUGUUCAUUGUUUUCAAGUUUCGUCAAAAACGAGGAGUAAUAGCCAUUCUAAAUAAGUAAAGCCGGAGGCCAAUCAUGUCUGCAGUCAUGUUCAAAACCAGGGAAUUUCUGGACCCAAUUGAUAGACAUUGCGUUGUUAUCUGAAAUAUCAGCGGUGGGGUCGGUAGUGAAUAUCCAAAUUUUGUUGUGCGGCCUCCUUUUUCUGUUUUUCUUCUUCUUCUUCUUUUUUUUAUUUGGUGGACAUUGGGACCCUUAAAAAGGAUGUGAUGGGAACGCCCUUGAUGUAUCUGGAUAAGAUUUUAAUGCAAGUGGGAUUAGGUUA